AUGGUGCCAAUGACACGCGAUCCGUCGUUUGAAGGGCCUGGGCCGGUCCGGGCAAACUCUGAUGGGAUCGUGCCAUUCCUGCGCAUGGUCCCUGACAGCGCUCCGAUGCAGGAGGAAAUCGUCUUCUUCCCCAAGAGCUUUUCGGAGGUGCAGAUGCCAUCAUCGCGCCUCUCGUUCCAGCAGAUGCCGGCCAGCAAUUCGGACGGCCUGCUGGCCAACCGUGCUUUCCUGGCCGCGGUCGACGCGGCAAGAGCACAGGCGGCUCAGAAAGCGGAGGAAGCAGCAACUCGCUUGCCGGGCGGCGUCAAGCGGCAAGCUCCGCUCUGUUUGAGCCAGCUGUCCACGGAGAAGCUCUACGAGGGUAAAAUUGUCAUAGCCUUCAAAUUGGGCUACUCGCCUGCACUUGGGCCGACGACGAAGGGGUCUCACAGGGCGGUGCAAGUUGCAGAUAGGAUGCGACUCCUUGUGGACAUCAACGCGGACGUCCUAGGCCUGCUUCGCUGGAAGCAUGUGAAGGGGGUGCCCAGGAAACUCCUGAAAGCGGGUGGCAACUUGGCCAACCUUCGUGUCGAGAAGGUGCGAGGAGAGAGAUUGACUCUGCGCCUGGAGUGCAUCGGCCUCCCCGGGCAGACCUUUGAGGAGACGGAGUACCCCGACAUUGUUGCUCGGGUGUACGACUGGGCCUUCGAGCCAAAGCUGGUCGAGGCCUCUGUCGAAGAACCAGAAGUCCUUCCGACGGCUGCGAAGACGCAGCGGCUUGGGAAAAUGGGCCCAAGAAACGUCGGGGACGGCGAGGGGCUCGCAAUCCGCGGGCCCGCGCCCUUUAAUGCCCGCAGGUUCCUUCGACCUGGCAAGUGCGGGCCACGCCACUCGCAGCAGACAUGA